GGCCCGGACCCUCGGCCUCCCCGCGCCAUGGCCGCGCCCGGCCCGGUCACGCGGCAGGUUAGCGGCGGCACCGCCCCGGUCCCGGCCCCGAGCGGCCCCGAGCGCUGGCAGUCCCUGGCCGCCGCCGUGGCCGAGCUGCCGGUGCUGGACGCCCGCGGGCAGCGGGUGCCGUUCGGCGCGCUGUUCCGGGAGCGCCGCGCAGUGGUGGUGUUCGUGCGGCAUUUCCUGUGUUACAUCUGCAAGGAAUACGUGGAGGAUCUGGCCAGAAUCCCCAAGAGUUUCUUACAAGAAGCAGAUGUCACCUUGAUAGUGAUUGGACAGUCAUCCUACCAUCAUAUUGAGUCUUUUUGCAAACUGACUGGAUAUUCUCAUGAAAUCUAUGUCGAUCCUGAGAGAGAAAUUUAUAAAAAAUUGGGAAUGAAAAGAGGUGAAGAAAUUGCCUCCUCAGGUAAGACAUAACAACAUGUCUCAAAUAGAAAACACUGAUGGAGUAUUUUUAUAUUUGUAUGUAUAUGCAUAGGAAAACAUGGUCAGUUCAUAAAUUGGGCUUUUUUUUUUUU